UCUCUGCUCUCUGCUGCAUCGGGACGCGAGCAAAACAAAGUUGAUUGCGGCGAGCUGAUGAACGUUAUUUCAACUUCAACUUCAAGACUGAAGACAUUGAGGAAACCAUCUCCAAUGUUGCGCUGAUGGGGGCAGAAUGCACCAUGGCGACCUUGUUCUACUCAUUCUGCUGCUAGUCAGUGCCACCUACUGGCCAACGGGGGCUGUGGAUGAGUCUACCGGACACUCUGAUUGGCCGCGCGAGGCUGUGGUCAGUGAGACCGGUGGGAUAAGGUCGGCGAGAGAUGGCGCAGCUUCGUGCGUUUUUGAUGCGAUAAAGCCGCAGCAUACUCCCACGACAGUUGUGGAUUACCAGCAGCGGCUCGAUGAUCGGCGCUGGAAGCGGAAUGCCGCAGUCUCGCCAUUCCGGCCAAUACGCAUCACCCCCUACUUUGUGAACAUCGAGGAAGAGCUGAGCAGGGAAGAGCAGGCUAGUCUGAAGGAUGUCGUCAGGGAGGCAGUUGACAAGAUAACACAGCUGUUCUCAGUUGUUCCCGUGCGAGGCCCCCUGGUGUUGAGCAGGGAAGACUCUUGUCGGUCGGUGUUUAUGAGUGGACCGAAUAAGCUCAAGUGUGGGCUGAAGACGCCGGUCUACAAGGGCGAGAAGUGCGCCAGGGACGUCGAUGACUUUAGGAUUCCUGAGAAUCACCUAGAGGAGCUGUACAUUUACAACCGUACGUGGGGGGCGCCACUGGAGAGAGUGUUUGCACGUGGAUCCGGAGUGCAAGAUUCAGACUUCAUCCUCUACAUCUACUCCAGCAUGACCCCUACGUGCACAACGAAGCACAUCAUAGCCUAUGCCGUGUACUGUCGACGGGACCAGUAUGGCCGACCGAUUGCAGGAUUCGUGAACUUCUGCCCAGAUCACCUCAAACCUUCCAGCUUCAACAAGGACAGAGCAGAGUUGACGGCGAUCCAUGAACUGUUUCACGCGCUCGGAUUUUCAAAGGACAUGUUCCGUAAUUAUCAAAACUGUUCAGUGACAGUUGAUGGUAAGGACUGCCAGCCAUGGAACAAGGUUGUGAAAGUUGACAGUGCAAACGAUGUGGUGCGACUAGCGACGCCUGGUGUCGUGAAAGCUGCUCAGGAGCACUUCAGCUGUGAUGAUGAAGAUUACGGGGGCACGUUGGAGAUAAAGGAAGGCGACUAUGGAUCUCACUGGGAUCCCAGAGUCAUGUACAGCUCUAUCAUGGCUCCAGAACUCGGUGCUGGUCACUUGACCUUCAUAGAUGGUAUGACCUUGGCAGCAUUCGAGGACUCUGGCUGGUAUAAAGUGAACUACUCCAUCGCUGACAGCUAUAGAUGGGGAAAAGGUCAGGGCUGCAGGUUUGGUCUAAAGAAGUACUGUAGUUCUGAUGAGAACUCUUACUUUUGCACUGGAAAGAAACAUGGCUGCCAUUAUACACACAAGGACAGGGGCGUGUGCCACACAGACAGUUUUCUCUCUCCGUGUCGAGUGUACAAGUCUGACAAGGAGAAUGCGUGCGUGAAUGGGUUUCAUGAGCAUCAUGCAGACAGAGUGCACCUAGAGGUAUAUGGCGACCAGAGCAAGUGCUUCAUGUCGAACAUAACAAGCCUGAAGGCAGAAAAUGCGUCAGAGCUUGUUGGUCGUUGCUUUGAGCAUCGCUGCCUAGACAUACGCACACUGCAAGUAAAGGUUGACCAUGAAUGGUACAGCUGUCCUGACGUUGGAUAUCUCGAGGUUUCCGUCUACAGAGGAGUGAUGCUCUGCCCUGAUGCAGAGAUCCUGUGUCAUGAUUUCACUAACCAAACUGCAACUACACAAUUGUUGCCAACUACUGAGCAGACGACUGUGAUUACCG